UGUUGUUGUCUUGUCCUGAGUAGAAUUGAAAUUAUAUUUUUCAAGUUGUCUUGUGCAAAAAAAAAUAUUUCAAUUAUUGAUACUUUGUAAACUACACCUACCUACCUUCUACUUUUUGUUGUUAAAUUUUAAUAUUAAUCAAUCUACCUGGUGUUAUUGGACAUAUUUGUCAUUUAUCUUGCCUUUCACAAAAUUGUGACCCUGUUGUAAGUUAUGACUACAAAGAUACGGUAAUGGGUCUGUGCUGCUGCAAGGAGAACGCUUACGAAGAUGAGCCUGCGUACGCGCCGCCGGUGGCCUCGACUGCCGCGGCGGUGAGCGCUGUGGAGCCCAGGGUCCGAAUGCCUAAGGUGGUCGACUCAAUCAUAGUUGACCAUCUGGUGCUCGAAAUGCUGGCUCUGAUAGCUUCUUUUGUUGACAAUGAUGAAGAAUCCCCGGUGUCUCUAGUCAAACUCCACGUUAUAGCUGACAAAGAAGACGGCUGGAUACAAGUGGUAUCCUCCAUGGUGAACGUGAUACCUUUAGAAGACCCAUUCGGUCCAUCGGCCAUCACUAUUUUGUUUGAUGACUGCCCGUUGCCGUCGAAAGAGUCCGUUAUUAGGGUGACGCAACUGUUUGGCCUGUCAUCGGACCGAGCGAACACUGGCGAGCUGAACGUGCGGGUAGAACGCAAUAUCUGCAUUGUGCUGGGCUGUAUUGCUGAGAAGCUGGCCGGCCCCAACAGCGUAGCGGUGUUGACGGCAGAAACACUGGACUAUUUGAUCACAUUCCUUAUAACCCGCCGCGAAGCCUGCAUAGUGUUGUUCGCCCUAAUAGCCUUAGAGAAGUUCGCGAGCACGACUGAGAACAAGUUGACGAUCAAAAGCAGACUGGAGAGGGAGCCUGUGAACCCGUUGCUGGUGUUGGAGACGCUGGCUGAUGAUGAGGACAACGUGUGGAGGCAGGUCGGCUUCUGUGCCAAGUGGGCGCUCGACAAUCUGUUUAUAAUAGAAGACAGAAAACUAUCAUACGAAUUAGUAGACAUGACGGGUCUGAACGUUAUACUCAAUUCGCAAGACGUCAGCGAAUACUUGAAGCUCUCCUGUAACGGGUUAGAAGCGAGAUGUGACUCGAACUCGUUCGAGAGCGUCCGCUGCACGUUCCAAGUGGACCAGGGCUGCUGGUACUACGAGUGCUUCAUCAUCACGCCUGGGGUCAUGCAGAUAGGUUGGGCAACUAAGAACAGCCAUUUUCUCAAUCAUGAAGGCUACGGCAUCGGCGACGAUCUAUUCUCUCUGUCAUACGACGGCUGCCGUAAACUCGUUUGGUACAAAGCGAGGCCUACUUCCGUGGCCGACGUGCCAGCGUGGAGCCCUGGAGACGUGCUCGGCUGCCUCAUAGACAUGGCCGCCAAGGAGGUGAUAUUCUCCAUCAACGGACUGAGGCUGGAGCCGUGCACCGAGAUCUUUGAGAACACCAGGACGGGUUUCUUCGCCGCCGCCAGUUUCAUGGCGUUCCAACAGUGCCGGUUCAACUUCGGCCACGAGCCGUACCGGCAUCCCCCCGGGGAUAGGCAGUUCUCGUCGUUCAACGACCACGGUUACCUCACCGAGGAGCAGAAGAAGGUGGUGCCUCGUCGGAUAUAUUUAGAACAGUUGAGGUGCUCCAGUGUUAAAGAAGAUUCCUGCACUCUGUGCUUUGACGACACCGCCUGCUGCGUGUUGGAACCGUGUGGUCAUAGAGGUUUUUGCUCGCUCUGCACAUCACAACUGAAGGAGUGCCCGAUGUGCCGGGCGGCCAUUUUGAAUAUCCGUCGCGAGGACACAUGACAGGGCAGCCCUCGCUCCCGGAGCGAGUCUGCCAGCCCCAACAUCACCCUGGAGGAAUCCCCCACCCCCUCCAGAGGGAACAGCCCCCGGGACAACUCCCCCUCGAGGGGAAACACCCCCUGUGACGUGGAAGACGAAAUGGACGACCAAGUCUUCGAACUGCGGCCUAGGGAUAUCGUCAACUGCGUCAGAUAUCAGUUAGGUUAGAUUGUUUGUUGCCACAGAUGUAGAUGUAGCUAGACCCUGCAAGUGUGUACUCCGCGUUGACAGAAGAACCUCUCUUUGAAAUUGGUUCAUUGGAGUUUGUAGUGACCCAUUAUUCAUUCCAUUACAUUAUGGAUAGGGGUGUAAUUUAAAAAAUAAAUGGAAUAAAGUGCCCUGUUGACUUUUGUAGUAAGCAGAGAAAACUUGAUACGCUUGCGUUUCGAACAGAUGGGUAAUCUUGCGGUGACGCUAUGACCCUAAAUGGGGUUACAAUACGAAGGUCAGGAGUCGAUUCGUGUUAAAACUUGUCUCACCCAAUCCGGGAUCACAGUGUGAGGACGCAACCGGGACUAAAGCCAAAAUGAUUUGUGAACUUGCGAGGUCUAACUUGAUGUAUGUCUGUGUUCGAAACUAUGUGUGUAGUAAAACCAAAUGUGCCCCAUUUUGUCCUACGUAGGUCCUUAUAGGGAUGUUUAUUGGUGCAAAGAAAUAAAAAUAUAUAUAUUGAAGAUGUAUAACUAUAUAAUGUUCUUUAGUCAUGUUUAUAUAUAUUGAAUAGUCGUCAAGCUUGUUUGAAUACAAGGAAAUCAAUGGUGAAUCUUUGCAUAUGAUCGCAUAAUUGAUUUCCAUAUAAUUAUUUGUUCGUUUUAAACAAUAUAUGAAUGCAAAUACCUAAGUUAUAUUUUAUUAUUUUUCGAAUUGCAUUAUGCUUGAAAUAAGCAUAAUGUUUAUUAUUUUUCAAACGCAAACGUUAUUUCAUUUUAACGCUCGAAUCGGUGUAAAAUUUUUAAAAUUAUCACCUAAUUGACUUGUAUUGAUUAUUUAUUAAUAAUGCGUGUGUAAAUAUUUGCGACUGAGAAAUUGCGUCAAAAAGACUUGCGACUGAGAAAUCUUAGCCAAAAGUCUUGCGACUGAGAAAUGCGAGACAAAAAGACUUACGACUGAGAAAUCUUAGCCAAAAGUCUUGCGACUGAGAAAUGCGAGACAAAAAGACUUACGACUGAGAACUUCGCGUCGAAAAAAAAAUUGCGACUGACAAAUUCGCGAAACUAAAUAUAAGAAGAUGAAGAUGCUACAUCAUCGGAUCUCACUUAAUAAUGGCGAUUUUACAAUUUCAAAGAAUAGGUAUAUAUUUUGCCAUCCGUGUUAAAAAUUAACAUUUUAAUACGAGUAUAUCGAAUUGAAGGAUCAUAUAUUGCAAAUUGAUUUGAACAGUAUUAAAUGUAAAUGUAUGACAAAAGAUUGUGUAGAUUUAAGGAGCGAUUGAAUCUGAUAGGUUUUUAAUGCUGUUGAUUAAUGCGAUAUAGUGUAAGAGACAGCUUUACUUUUGGUAACUUUCGUUGGAGUGGCUUGACAUUAUUCAUUAGAUUUGUAGCUACGAACAACAACUACAAUUAUUUAUUUUAAAUUCCCUAUUCCCUACACCUAAGUUAAUGCACCCGUAUUUUUAUGAUGCAAACAAGCAUCUUAGUGAUGUUUACUAAAAAAUGCAGACAUCUUUUAUAAAUGCCUCGUUAUGGGAUUUUAAGAUUGACUGUCGGGUGAUUCUGGGCCUUAUUUAUUAAUUUUAACAGGGCGGCAGGAAAAUUACUAUAAAUUCUGCGUUUUGAAUUUAAUUGGUACUUUCAUUUUUGCCGGUUACACAUGCGCACAGAUUUUAGAUUCAGGAUAUCGAACGCUUUAAAUUAACUGAUUAUUAAGAAUAUAUUUAAGGACCUAUUUAUUUAUUUAAACUUUAUUGCAUAAAAAACAAAAAUGUACAAAAGGCGGACUUAUCACUCAACGAAACGGAAAUCUUCUAUAAGUUAUGAUAUAAGACCAUCCAAACCUCUUUCACUUCAUACACAUCCAGUCUCCUUAUUUCGCCAGAGCGUCGCCAAUAUGAUCAAGGUUCGUUCGUCUAGAGUUGAUUAAUCAUACUUACAAAAUGUUUAGUACUUUAUUCACAGAACCUUUUUAAUAACGAAAAUAUUUCCAAAAACCGUAAAGUGUUCCACAAAUUAUGCCGUUAUGAAUGGACUUUUGUACCUGCUAACCGAAUGACAAAUAGUAACCAAAAGUGAAACUAUCUCCUAGCCUAUGAAUGACGUAACACGCCAGUAAGGUUAACUUAGCUUAAUAUAUUCGUAGGGAAACAUUAUCGAUCGAAUUUAGACCUUGCUAUUGAAAUGUUGAUUAGUUAAUUUACUGUUGUAAGUAAUGUUGAUUUAGCGGAACGCGGUCUUAGAGUGUUUGAAGGAAUGACUUUUGCUUAUAUCAAUAGCUGAGAUUCGCCUGUGUUGUCUUUGAAAUGUUAAUAAUAUAUGAAAGUUGUGUUAUGCUUGUUGGAGUCACCCAAAAUCUAGUGAACGGAUUUGGAUUAAAUUUAAAAUAUUAUCAGAAUAAAUAAGAAGUCACAAUUUUACGCGAGUCGAAUGCGGUUUGUGUAACAGAAAUAAAAAAGAUAUGUUCAUUUAAUUGAUUUUUUACUUGUAUCAUAGCAAACAAUAAAGAAAAGCAUUUUUUAACAGAAUUAUCUUAUAUUCUCCGUAGUUGGAUGUUUGAUUGAUAAUCGAUGGUAAAAAAGUUGUUAAUUUUUAUUUCAGUCUUAACAUAUAAUGUACCUACUGUCACUUUUGGUGAUAACGUAUAAGAUUUACAUAUUUUUUUUAAAUAGGUUAUACCUUCUCAAUUCCCUUGUAGCACAAUUGCUUGUCCAUACAUUUUGGCACAAAUUCAUUUAUGAAAAAUACAAAUUGUCAGGUUGUGGUAUAUAUUUAUCCGUCGUCGUAAUUUUAAAAGCCAAUGUUUGCUCCGUCUAAGUCCAGUGUAAUUUAUAUUAUAGAUAAAUAUAUAGAGUGUAGCUUAAAAUACAUGGGAAUAGCAAAUAUAUAAUCCUUAUUAAACAAUUCUUAGCAUGAUAAAUAAAUACAAAGCAUUUAUUUGUAAACUGUCAAACAUGAAAAAAUAAAAAAAAUAAAAUGUUUUUUUUGUGUCGUACGUUGAUAUCUGUAUACGCUUUAGCACUGAAACGUCAACGAAAUUUAAAAUUAACAGCGAAUUCAAGGCUCGUUAACCGCUUUGUGCCGUUUGUUGAUUAUAGUUUUAAAUUAAUGCAAUCAGAAAUGAUGUGUCGCUCAAAUUUUGUAAUGCCAUCAUCGGUGCGAAAGCGAUUGAAAUGUGUGAUACGUUAUGUUAAAAUGUUGCAUGUAAGUACAUAGAAAAAAUAUAUGAUAAAAAUAUGUUUAUUUAAAAACUUGUCUUUUAUCGAGUAAUCCAAAUCCAUAAGCAAGAGUAAGCAAUAGUUUCUGGUUUCAUAUUGAUAUGAGUCAUGCACAUUACGAUCUCCACUAUCUAUAGGUCAACUUAUGUGCCGCGUAUAAAUAGCGUCGUUUGACAAAGCUAUGAGAGGGGUUUUACAAAAAUUGACUAGUUCAUUUCUGAUUGCAAGUUAUCUUAGGUAAGUCAGUGUUGCCCGCACUUAUCACAGAUUAUAUAGUUAAUACGGCUUUAAUGACAAUUUUUGUGUAAAAAUGGACUGCUUAGGUCUUAUUUUAUUAUAUAGCUAAAUGUGUAAAUAGUUAUCGUUAUAAAAUUUUAAAAUGAGACAUGUAAUGUUCUGUCUUUAAUCUCAUUACGUGUGUUUGACGCGCUUUUAAGCAUCGCAUAGAUUAUAUUUUACCUACCAUAGACAAUUAUAAAUUUUAAAAUUCGAACACAAUGUAUGCUUAUAAUUUUAUAAUUUGCGCUUUAUGUAAUUAAUACAAAGAAUUUGACAAUAAAACUAUUGUUUGUCUAUGGUAGAACGGUAGAAAUAAAUAAAUGUUAAUUAGUUGCUUAGUUUCUACAAUGUGUUCUGUAAAAUAUAAUUGUGUGUAUAUAUUGCUGUUCUAUACGUAUGAAUAAAUUAACAACACACAUACAAUGAAAUCGGAUAAAAUGUGACUUCGUGCUUCCAUUUCCUUAUCAUCCUCGAGUUAUAACUUCAUGUUUCAGACUAUAUUUAUGAUGUAUUUGUAUAAAACAAUUAAGACAAUGUUCUGUAAUCCAUCGUAACUUAUUUAUUCAAAAUACCUAGUUUCAGCGCGCUGAAUUAAAUCAAUGUGCGAAAUAAAUCAACCCGUAGAUUAGAAGAAAAUCUAAUCACAGAGUUACAGAUCUGAUAUGCAUUUUCAAUCACGGAUAUUUCAUAAAUAUAUACAUAACAUAAUUGAUGUCUUAUAAAAUACAAAAAAUAUAAAUAGUAAAAUAAAAGAUUUCAACGGUAUCUCACUAUUUUACUGUAUUAUUAAUAUCAACAUAUAUAUAAAUAAUAUACAUUAUGACAUAUAUGUAUGACUAGAUUAAGAAAAUGUUCUUCUAUAUCACCUGCCUCAUAAAGUCACUAUCGGAUGUUAUUUAAAUAUUAUAUGAUAUAUUUUUUCAUACGAAUUUGUAGUAGUGUUAAUUAGUAAAACAAUAUUGUCUUAAGAUUAUAUUUGUAUUUUCAGCUCAGUGUUCUUAAAUCCUAACUUUUUAAAAAUUUCCCGGUAUUACACACAUUUAUUCUUCUUUAUAUCAUUUCAUUUAAACUGGUAAACAAUGGUUUAUAGACUAAAAUCAAAACACGACUAUUUGCCCACAUCACCUUAAGCACAUUCAUUUAAAAUUUCGUUACAUUAUGAGAUUAUUAGGUUAAUUUAAUAAAACCUGACAAUAUUUUUGACCCUUCGGUGGAGAUUAGAUACGAAAAUAUAAUAGUUUUAAAUUGUAUAAUAAAGAAUAGAGCUUUCAUUCUAAAUUUUUAAAUGUAUUAUGUAAGUGUACAAGACUAUACCUUUGCAAAGCUUGCAGAAAACUAGUGGCGCAGAGCAUUUAAAUUCUUAGCAACAAUUUAUACUGAGAUAUAUAACUAUUAUACAUAAGAUGUUUGGUACUUUUUAAUUCAUUUUCUAAUCCGAUUAAAUUUUUGUACAUUGUAAGAAAGUGGUGUACCACCUACUUUCUCACUGUGUCGCUCUACAUUCUAAAUUUAAAUUCAAAUCUGCACGAAUCGAGAUAUUUAUUAUCGUUUUGUUAACUUAAAUGUAAUUUUUCCUCAGUGUAAAUUGUGGCUAAAAAUAUUGUUUUUUUUAAACUAAAGAAAUAUUUGUAUAGACUACCAAACAUGCGUUUAAUUAGACCUAUUCGAAAUUCCAAAGUUGUGAAAUGGGCUCAAAAUUAGUGUAUAGAAAUUAAAAAUCGAUCAUUCAUUCCUCAUUAUAAUUUUGAUCUAGAUUUUACUGACUGAGACCCAAAACUACCCGGUGAAUUUCUUUCGAAAUAAUAAGGAAAUAAUGAUUCUAAAAUAGGUGUACUCUCAUUACAAAAUGUAAGUAGUUUUUAAAAUAUGUGAGUUCAAUACAUGUUAUGUGUUUUAGUGUUUUAAAAAAAAAGACAUAUAUUUCUCGAAAACACAUUGCAUAUCGAGAGUAAACUAUUUACACAUAUAUUGUUAUAGUUUGGAGGUCACAUGAUAAAUAAAACAAAUUAUGACAAAUUAA